AUGCGUAGCUGCUCUUAACUGCGGCGUUAAAUUUUAUAACCUACACUUUGAUUCAACAAUUUCCUUUUCUUCUUUCGUUCUUCAGUUAUGAACUCCCUUUGAAUUUACCUCCGUAUCUUUGUGCAGGCAAGUGUUAACUGUAGGAGGAAAUUCAGAAUCAAAUCUCCGUUCAAAUUUACGUGUAUUUUUCAGAGAUGAAUGAAAUUGAGAUUGAAUCUAGAGCGGUACAAAGUAUGGACUCAGCAACAGGUGAGCCCCCAGUGGUUGUAUUAGUCGUUGACGACUCAACAGAAGCAAAUGGUGCAGUGCAGCUCACAGCAGUUCACAAUGGGGAUCCAACAACUACCAACUCACGGCUACAAAGGAUCGCCACAGCUCGAUAUUGUCGUCCUGAUUUAGAUUUUCUAGAAGAUACAGAGGAGGGUAUGCGAACUUUCUUCACCGAAUGUGUGCCACUUUACAAGCAUGCAUUAGAUGGUAACUGGCAAGCAGCGAAGCCCAUUCUAGAUGAGAACCCAAGACUGAAGAGAGCUGCAAUAGCAGGCGGGUGGCCAACAGUGUUACAUGUUGCUGCAAGCACUAAUCAUCAUCCCUUUGUGGUGGAGCUCCUCAAAUUGCUGGACAACGAUGAAAUAGCAUUGCAAGACCAAAAGAGCAACACUGCCUUCUGCUUUGUUGCUGCAGCUGGCAACUGGCGCAUUGCUGAGUUAAUGCUCACAAGAAAUCCGAACUUGCCAACAAUCCCUGGUGGAGAGGGAAUGUACCCAGUUCAAUUUGCUGCUUUGCAAGGAAGAUGCCCAAUGGCAUGCAAGCUGUACCCCAUGACCAAACAUAUGUUCAAGAAUGAUGAUGCUGAUAAGAAUCAGAAUUUGUUGUUUUUCACUUGUAUCAAAACUUGCAACUAUCGCUUGGCCUUGAAAAUGGUAAGAGAUAAUAAAAUGCUAGCUUUUGCGCGUGAUGAGGAUCCGGAGUACAACGGCUUCACAGCUUUGCAUCUUCUGGCUCAAAAUGAGAAGCCUUUGGAUUCUUGUUGCCAUUGUUCAGAACCUCCAAUGCUCAUCAGGAUCAACCCUGCCAUGAAGCAACAUGUGUUUUUUCAAUUGGUUAAUUGUCUCUGGAAGACGAUUAUCAGUAACACAGACUCCAAAAGGAAGAUAAUUGACAUCAUAAGUAGACCUUCUCAACUACUAUUUGAUGCUGCACAAGUUGGUAAUUUUGGGUUCUUGUCAGAGCUUAUUAGCGCUUAUCCAAGCUUGAUAUGGGAAGUGGACAGCAAGAAUCGAAGUAUAAUUCACACAGCUGUUUUGCAUCGCCAUGCUAGCAUCUACAAUCUCAUACACGAAAUAGGGUUCGUAAAAGAUAUUAUAGUGACAUAUGAAGGAAACGAAGACAAGAACCUUUUACUGCAUUUGGCUGCAAAAUUAGCGCCACCUAGUCAACUUGAAUUAGUUUCUGGAGCAGCUUUCCAAAUGAGCCUUGAGAUAUCAUGGUUUGAGGAGGUGAAGCACAUAAUACCGCUAUCAUUCAUAAGGAUGAAAAAUUCUGAAGGCUUAACAGCUCAAGAAUUAUUCACAAGGGAGCAUAAAGAAUUACUUAGAGAAGCAGAAGCUUGGAUGAAACGCACUGCAGAGUCAUGUAUGCUUAUUUCAACCGUCAUUGCUACUGGAGUUUUCUCUGCUGCGAUUAGCGUACCAGGUGGCAUGGACGAUGAAACAAAAAAACCAAACUACUUGAACAAAGCAUCAUUCCUAGUGUUUGCAAUAUCAGAUGCAAUGGCACUCAUCUCAUCUGCAACUGCAAUAUUAAUAUUCUUGUCUAUUCUCAUCUCACGCUAUGCCGAGUAUGAUUUUCACAGGUCACUACCCUUGAAGCUAAUAUUUGGACUGUUCACGCUGUUCAUCUCCAUAACAAGCAUGAUGGUGGCAUUUGGUAGUGCCUUCUUCAUAACGUACAACUACGGUUUCAAGUGGAUUCCUAGUUCCAUUUCAGUACUUGCGUGUUUACCCAUACUCAUCUUUAUAGUUCUGAAGUUUUCUCUAUGGUUUGAUAUCAUCAAAGCAACCUGCUAUCGUAGGACCCUAUUUAAGCCUCGUAAGAAAAUGCUAUACGUGGAUGGAAAUGUGGCGACAACGUUUGGUUAAAAACCUAAUCAUGAUUAGUUAAAGUUGUAAUAAAAAAAUGUGAAACAUUUUUUUGUGAAAUAUGGUUGGUAGUAAAUAUUGCUAAGGGGGUUUUUCAGUGAAGUAGCAUAAUUUCCUUUUAAAUUUAAUAAAGAAAAAUCAAAUUUAAAUCC